CCGACGACGAAUGUCGUGACCUCACUCCAUCGAAGAUCUUUGUUUUGGCGCGCUGGUGAAUCCGAGAGAGAGAGAGAGCAGCGAUGUCGGGUGGUGGGCUAUUAGGGUUUCAGAGGCAUCGGAGAUCGGCGCGUGAUCUCGUGCUCUCCUCCCUCGUCUCCUGCUCGCUCGUCCUCCUCUCCCAGUCCGCACUCGCCGCCGUCCCCCGCAUCCUCCCCUCCUUUUCCCUCUUAGCGUUGCUCCCUGUUUCAGGUAUGCUAUCUCUCUGCUCCCCUCGUUGGUGCUGCUUGGGGACUUUGGCUUUGGGCCGGUUUUGCAGGCGUUUGUUGGGAGUACGUGCCUCAGCUCCUGCUCUCGUUGUCUUCAAUCUCCUCUUUCUUUGGGGAGUUUAUAUUGCAUUCAUCCGACGAGUCAUCCCAUCAUUAUUGGAUGCUUUUAUUAAUGCAGAAUGUGCUUUACUCUUGGCUGGUCUUUAUAGGAUUCUUUCUGGUGAUCCUGGAAUUGUUGGAAAUGACUUCACUCAUUCAGAAGGAGUUCAUCAGAAUGUCUUUUCUGAAGUUGGCUUUGAGGCACAGAGCUUCCCUGUGUUCUCAAGGGUUAGAUAUUGCAACAGUUGCAAAGCAAGUGUCAGAGGUUUUGAUCACCAUUGCCCAGCGUUUGGGAAUUGCAUAGGCCACAAGAAUCACCGUUUGUUUAUGCUUCUUGUCAUUGGAUUUGUUAUUGCUGAGGCCUCCUAUACGAUGUGCUCUACUAAGUAUGUUGCAAUGACUUUGAGCACACAAGAAUCAGGAUUUGAGAGCAAUCUCUCUGGCAACCUGGUUAUCAGCACAAUGCUUUUCUCUGUCCUACAAGUGUUAUGGCAGGUGGUGUUCCUGAUGUGGCAUAUGUAUUGCAUUUGUCUAAACAUCAAAACAGACGAGUGGAUAAACUGGAAGAAGUAUCCAGAAUUCCAUAUUGUUAUACAACCCCAACCAGGGCGCCCGAUUUCGGAGAUGAGGUUUACGAAUCCAUAUAACAAGGGUAUUAUUGGCAACAUAAAAGAAUUUCUGAAAUCAAAAGAAUAAGGAUUUCUAAGAAUGCAUGAAGAUCAAUCAAGCAAAGUUCUUGUCAGCAAAGGGUUGCUUUCUUGUCAUUCAGCUUAGUUGUAAGCUUUGCUUGAUUACCCAUUCCAUGGCUGGCAAAUCUAAUGCCUGAGCUAGCAUCAGUGCCAACAAUGUGUUACCAAGGAUCUGUUACUUCAGCCUGUUCUAUGGGUCACACUUGUGCUCCUCAAUUAACUCUCUCAAGCUAAGCACAUUGGAUUGUCAUAACAAGUGUGACCAAUAUCAAGCUCACAUUCCGCGAAGGAGAAUAUUUCAUAUUGCUCAGCCUAGUUUUACUUGUUUUGAACUCUAAUUCAAUUCUUUAUUGUAAUCCUCUUGACAGAAAGAUGCAGCACAUUGAAUAUAUAUAUUUAAAUUUCAAGCAUCCAAA